AUGUCUUCACAAGUCUGCCAUGGCAUGCACAACGGGGUAAUUCAGAAUAUCCAGGCCGACCUGCCGUGUGGUGUCACCAACUCCAGCCAUCCCUAUGUUACCUGCUGCGUCAAUGGCGACUACUGCCUCAGCAAUUCCAUCUGCGUGAACACGAACGACAAGGACGGAGAUUAUUAUUAUGCGGCCGACUGCACAGACGAGACCCUGACAGAUCCCGCCUGCGGGACACGAUGUGGAGGCAGAAACAGCGCCGAGAUCGUAUACACUUCCGAUGGCUACUGGGCCUGCUGCGAAAAUUCAUACGGCACGGUCAACUGCUCGAACCCUUCCGAUGAAAUCUUCCCCGGCGUCGCGCCCUCAAAACUCGCUACCAUUCAAUAUCUGCCAUCCACGGCGUCCGGCACACCAACUUAUGCGAUCGCAUCUUCUACCUCUACCUCCGAUUCCUCGAACGCUAAUACCACGACAACUUCGUCCUCUUCCUCCUCUACCGGUUCGUCGAGCAGUGCAUCUUCCGGUAUCGGUGCCGGCGCGGCAGCCGGGAUCGGUGUGGGCGCUGCCGCAGGAUUCGUCAUAGUCGCAGCCAUACUAGCACUUCUGUACUUCCGCCGGCGGAAAGCGCAGAAUAAUGUGCUUCCCCAAGGAGCCGGGGGAUAUAAUGGGUUGGGAGAUGGUUCGUGGGCGCAGACUCAACCCGUGGCUCAUACAGUAUAUGAGCUGGAUCGGACCGGACCGCAUCCCGAACUCGAUGGGCAGCCCAAGGUUAUGUAA